UGUUCCUACGAUAUAUUUAUAAUUAUUUUGAUAGUCUUAUUAGCAAGGUAUAACUUGUGUAUAGUUUCUCGAGUAUUUAUUUAGCAAGAUAGUUUCGAACCGCAACUAGGUAUCUUGCGGAAUAAUCGAUCUAAUUUUCAACGUUUUUAGGGUUCCGCAGCCAAAUGGCAAAAACGGGACCCUUAUAGAUUCGUCAUGACAUAGACAUAGACAUUAUUUAUUGGUAAUAAAAUAAAAUUACAAGUCAAACAUAUUACCUACUUAAUAACAUUACAAUUAAAUUGAAUUUGUAAAUUACAAUGUCAUUAGUUUAUACAUAAUUAUCAAUACAUUAUUAGCAAUUAGACUUAUUAACAAAUUCCUCAAACGAAUAAAAACACUUCUUAAUAAAAUUUCUACAUUAUUGAAAUUUGGUGCGAAGAUGUAUUCUGUUAACCGCAUUAAGAUUUUAAAAUAAAAUCAGAAAAAAUCCAAAUUUUUUGGGGUUCCCCAUACAUAGAACAGAAACUCAAUUUUUUUUCAUUAAACCUAUACGUUUGGGGUAUCUUUGGAUAAGUAUUUUAAAAUGAUGUUGAGGUUUUUUUUUAUUUUAGGUGCCGCUGAAAUAUACAAUCCGUCUUGGUAUGCUUACGAAACCAUGGAGUCAUUUUUACUACCAGUUUAUACUUGCAAUGAAGGGAUAAACAGCGAAACUCAAUCACAACAAAUAGAAGAAGAUGCAGAUCAGACAGAGGAUGAUCCUCUGAUAAGAGAUCGUACAAGUACGGUUGCCGCGGAUCAGACAGAGGAUGAUCCUGUGAUAAGAGACCGUACAAGUACGGUUACUCCACUAUCCAGACCACCAACCAUACAGGCGGUUACUAAUAAACGUCGUCGCCCUUGUUCUGAAACGGCUGAAAAGCAAAUGGCCGUGGCUUUUGGACAAUUAACAAAUGUUUUAGGUCAAAAGCAGAAUGAAAAUAUACCUGCUUACAAAGACGACGAUUGCGAUCUAUAUGCUAAAUUAUUGGCUAUAAAGCUACGUGAAUUGCCAAGUGAUGAACGAAAAAUUUUGAUGUACCAAAUAGAUGGGUUGUUUAUAAACAGAAUAAAUCAAAAAUCAAAUGAGCGUCAUACACCAUACCCUCAAUAUUAUUCUAGACCGUCGUCAAUGGCUGGUGCAUAUUCACGCCAUACACCAUCUCAACUUUUUCCGAAUCGGCCAGCAUCAGUUAAUAGCGUUAAUUCUGAACCCAUUCAUAACAAUCUAAGUUUUUUUCCCUCUCCAACCUCCGAAACCUCACAUUCAGCGCCAAACAUAACAGCUUCAUCUACAUCAACAGCAUCCUCGUCAUCUAUUCGCAUUAUAUCGGACCAAGUCAUCAAUCCAGUUCCACGUGAAACCAACAUUAUAAACAUGGCUUUAUUGAAUGCUUUUGAAGAUUUUGAUUCGUCGACAUAAUGUUUAUUAAACUUGUUGAAUAAUUAAACAAUAAUAAUAAAGCAAUGAUUCUAUUAAACUCUAAAUAAAUGUAUAACAUUCUAUUAAACUCUAAAUAAAAGUAGUACAGCAAAAAAAAUAUAUAACAUAAU